AUGGAAGUGAAGCAAAAUAAAAAUUAAUUUUUUUAUUAGUAAUUUAUUUAACAAAUUAAAGAGUCUGUAAUAGUAUAAAAAUACGUAUUGAUAGAGCUAAAAGAAUCUGGUGAAUUAAAAAACAAGGAUUUUAAUGAUAUAAAUUUAAUUAAGAUAGAGCCAAAUUUCCAUAUUUAUUAUAAAUAACUGAAUAACUGUUUUACUAGGUGUUCAAAUUUAGUCUACUUGAGAUUAAAUUUAUUCAAUUAAUGCAAUAAAGACUAAGAUGCUAUUGAUUUAUUCAAAUCCUUGAAUUAAUGUAAAAGUAUUACUCAUUUUGAACUAAAUAUUUAGAAUAGUAAUCCUUAUAACGGAUGCGUUCAAGACUUUGGCAUUUUAAAAUUGGCAGAAACUCUAUCUUCACUUCAAAAUAUUUAAUUUUUGAACCUAGCCAUAAGUUAAUUCAUAAAAGGAGCCACAGUAAGCUGUUUAGGAAAAGCAAUAUUAAAACUAACAAAAUUAAAAAAUUUAAUUUUAGAUUUUGGACAUCAUCCAUUUGAUGAUUUAGUUGUAAAAUAUGAUGAAUCUGAAGAACACAUAAAUGGAUUUAUAUUAUGCUUCAAAGAAAUAUUAAAAUGUUCAUAAUUGAAAACAAUCGAAUUAUGUCUUGACUACCUUAAUCCGAUAAGUGAAAUAAAAAAUAUAAUUUAUAAAUGUAAAUAAAUUGCCUCAUUGAAAUAUAUAAGUUACGAAGUCCGCAUGUACCAAAGCAAAUUUUUUUGA